GUAUAUAUGCAAGUCCCUAUAUAAAACAGGAUACAUGGCCUCCCUUCCUUUUCAAGUUUCCCAAUGGCUGCAGCAAUCAACUUAUUCCUUAUCUUUACAAUCUUUUUCUGCACUUGCAAUGCUGCCAAGAAACCAACUCCUUUACCUACAUUUCCAGCCAUUCUUGUCUUUGGUGAUUCAGUAAUGGAUUCUGGCAAUAACAACUAUAUCCUGACGUGGAUCAAAGCUAAUUAUCAUCCCUAUGGUCAAGAUUAUGCAGGGGGGAUUCCAACAGGAAGGUUUUCAAAUGGAAAACUAAUUCCUGACAUGUUGGCUUCAAUUCUUGGAAUUAAAGAAACUGUUCCUCCUUUUCUGGAUCCUAGACUUUCCAAUGAUGAUCUCAUUACUGGUGUUAAUUUCGCAUCAGCUGGUUCCGGAUUUGAUGAUUCAACCAGUAUAUUUUCCCAAGCUAACCCUGUUUCCAAGCAAAUAGAGCUCUUUAGAAACUAUAUAGAGAGACUUAAAGGAAUUGUCGGGGAAGAAAAGGCUCUGAAGAUAAUUCAUAGUGCUUUGGUGAUUCUUAGUGCUGGAACAAAUGAUUGGUUCUUUAAUUUCUACGACAUUCCUGCAAGAAGGUUGCACUUCAAUGUAAGUGGAUACCAAGAUUUCCUAUUGGAUAAGAUCCACAGCGUUGCUAAGGAAUUAUAUGAUCUCGGUUGCCGUUCGAUGGUUGUAAGCGGGCUUGGGCCAACAGGAUGCUUACCUGUACAAAUGAGUAGGAGUCUUCAGAAUCUAUCACAGAGACAUUGCUUGAAGGAUCAGAAUAGAGAUUCUCAAGCUUACAAUCAAAAGCUUGUGAAGCUAUUAAGUCAAAUGCAGGCAACUCUUCCGGGGAGCAGAAUUGUCUAUAAUGAUUUCUAUAGACCAGUAAUUGACAUGAUUACUUAUCCAAAAAAAUAUGGUUUUAGUGAAACCAAGAAAGGGUGCUGCGGAAGUGGACUACUUCAGGUAUCAUUUCUGUGCGAUCCAUGGACUCCAACGUGCGAAGACCCUUCUAAAUUCUUAUUUUGGGAUAUGAUUCAUCCAACUUUAAUAGCCUACCAGUAUCUUGUUAGAUAUAUGGUGAAGGAUGUUCUUCCUAAAUUUUUCUAGUUUCAGCGCUUCAAUUCUUGUAGAGAGUAAUUAAGCUCUCCCUAUGUAAAUCCAUUUGUUUAAUAGCAAUAACCACACUAUCGUGUUCCAAAUAACACAAGAAAUCAAAGUCCUUAAUUGAUUAAUUCGCCUUAGCUUAGCUCUCCCUAUGUAAAUCGAUGUUUAUGGAAUUUAAUCUUGUGGUAGGUUUUUAUUGUCA